CUCACUGCAGGAUUCUGCAAACCGGACUUUGACCAUAACUACAUAACAUUUUAAAUUAAGCCAGAUACUAGCUUCAAGAUGCCACUAAAGUUGCACCUAAACAAAAGGUGGUGGAAACAUUCAUUUCCUUAGUUAUUUGCCAAGACUGUUGAUGCUUUUAUCCAGAGAGAACUUGCGCCUAGACUGAUGUAGCUAACGCUAGCUUUGGUCGCUAGCUAACGGUGCAGUGCCUAAAGCCAUACGAGCCCAAACCAGCCUCUGAGGGACAAUCUGCCUUAUUUAUCAGCGCUACAGCCUUAACGUUACCGCCGCUUAACAGCUAGUUGGUUGCUAAAUUUAAGUGUCCCUUUAUAAAAUUGCCUUUUGUGGUCUGGGGCACACAGGACGAUGGGAAUGUGUUUACCGUGCUUUGGAGGCGCGGCGGACGAUGUUGUAGUAACGCCAGAUCCCGAGACAAGGAGAAGACAGUUAGCAGAAGCUGCUGAAAAAAGACAGAAGGAGACCGCGUACAGAGGUGUUAAAAAUCCAGAAGAAGUCGAAAGGAAAAGAAAAAAACAAGAAGAGAUAUCAAAACAGGAGAUGACCACAUCAGUUUCCGGAGGUGGUGGGCUAAAGUGGCAAGUUGGAUGAAAAUUCCAUUCUGAAAUCCCAAAAUGACCCAACUUGAAGAGGAAGAAAGCAAUUGCUGUUU